AUGCCUCUAAAAUUUGUGUUGUCACAAAAAGGCAAUAUAGUUGGUGAAAUACCAAAACACGAACAUGCUGGAAAUGCUGCUUUAGUGAAAACGAAGAUUAUCAAAAGUCAAGUAGUAAAGAAAGCUAAAGGAAACGAUUCAAAACCUGCUACGAUCGUGUCUAAGGUAUUACGAGGUAUAUCAUCACCGGUCACUGCGUUAUUGCCAAAGCCAAUAUCUUUAGUUCGAACUGUGCAUCGUGUACGUGUUAAAGAAAAUCCUCAAUUGAGUAAUCCGUUAUCUCGAGGUGAAUUAGAAUUACCAAACCAGUUUAAAUGUACACACAAUGGAGAGUCAUUCUUACUUCACGAUAGCGGUGGAUCAAAAAGAAGAUUUUUGGUGUUCACAACACUCAAAAAUUUAAAUUUUUUAAGUAAAUGUGAUCAAUGGCUGAGUGAUGUGCCACUUGUUUAUUUAUUAUCACCUGAUAAAACGAAAUCUACUUACAUAAAAUUUUUGAAGGUGUUACGUCAAAGUUUGCCAAAUUUUUCACCUAAGCGUAUUGUAGUCGAUUUUGAAGAAGCAUUUAUUGAAGCUUUUAAAGGAAUAUAUUCAGGAGUGAAAAUAUCUGGGUGUAGUUUCCAUUUUAAUCAAUGUAUUUGGCGCCACAUUCAGUUAUCUGGGCUCCAAAAACUAUACAACACAGAUGUAACGUUUGCUUAUAACAUACGCUUACUUAUGGCAUUACCAUUUCUUCCGACUGAUGAUGUAAUAUGUGGUUACGAGUUAAUUGUAGGCAGUGACUAUUAUGAUCGUUAUAAUUAUGAAUUGAAUACAUUACUCGAGUAUUUUGAGAUAACGUGGAUUGGUAAGUCACGUCACAAUAGAAGAAAACGCGAUAAGCCAAGGUUCAAUAUUAAAAUGUGGAAUUGUUAUAAAGCUGUUUGUAAUGAUUAUAUUAGAUCAAACAAUUUAAUGGAAGAAUGGCAUAAUGGUUUCAACCGCCGUGUUGCUGUUUGUCAUGCAUCUAUUGGACAGUUUCUAAAUGCAAUUAAAGAUGAACCGUGCAAAACUGAAAUGUUAAUCGCUCAAAUAGAUUCAGGAUUAAAUGUCUCAAUAUCUCGUCGUAAAGCCUAUCGUGACUAUGAUAAUCGAUUGAAAAGCAUUGUUAUAAAUUACAACUCCGAUUACAAAUUAGAAUACUUGAAAAAUAUUGCAAAAGUACUAUCAAUAUAA